AUGAUACCCAUCGAAAAUCCACAUACUUCACAAAACCAUUCCCAAAACAACAGCAUUUUCUGUACCUCGCCCUCGCCGUAUGGUCACCACGCGCCUGAUGUGUAUGACAACAGCGCCUACCACGGCGCAACUGAAACUAACGUGCAAUUUGAGGAUGUUGUUCCGCCAGAUAUCCUCGAAAAGCUGGUUCAGAUCUUCUACCAUACUGCGUACCCUUUGAGGCCAUAUUUCCAUUGGCCAACCUAUCAUGCACAGGUUCAAUCGCGGCAGUACCGAUCGGAUUGGGGGCUUCAUAUCUUCACCAUGGCUGUUUGCACAAUGGCCGCUGGUCGUCUGUGCGAUGGAAUACUGAUGCCGACUGGCCCUCAUCCUCUUCGUGUCCAGGCUGCUGGGCUUUUCAGUAAAUGCUACAAUGCCGCAAUGGACGCCAUACCAAAAGAGCUCUCAUCUGUACCAGAUUACUACCAUGCGAUGAAGGCAAAAGCAAUCUUGGCAGCCGCCUGUCUGCAAAAUGGGGACUGGAAGAAGGCCGCGGUGCACUUGGGAGAUUAUGCUUCUCUCUCUGCUAUGUCUGGGUUCUGUCAGGAGUUCAACUGGCCCACCGGUCUUGGUGAGAUCCAGAAACAAGAGAGGCGAAGAGUUUUCUGGGGUGUCUAUCAACAGGAACAAUACAUAUCGAGCAACUUUGGCUUUGCAUCCCGCCAGCGAGAAGUGAAAGCCAUGGUUAAAUAUCCGGUCGAAGUAUUUGAUGACGAUGAUAUCACUGAAGCUGGUGUGCAACUAUGGUCUGAGCAUAUCUCUUUCAUGAAGGGCUUUAACUUCUGUACUGAUUUAUAUCGCAUCCUUGAACGCAUAGAGGGUACCAUCAGGAAAAGACAGCAAGCAGCGCCGACAGAACCUGGCGGAAAGAUUGAGGUGUUUUUUUCCGAGAUGUAUACCUCAAGGAAGUUGGCCACGGACAGUCUUCAUCUCGUUUCUCAACUAUACGAGGCUCUGCCAGACGAGCUCAAGAAGCCAAGAGCAUUAACAGGAGAUCUACGCGCUGAUAGGUAUGGCUUCAUCUCCUGCAAUGUUCUUCUUACGACUCAGACAUUGCGAAUGUUGCUCGUUGGUACCGGGAAGCCGAACCUCCAUCUUCGUUGCGCCAUUGCAAGUGAGCUCCUAGAUGAACUCAGCACGAUCCCGAUUGCAUUCUUCCAUGCCUCUAGUACAGUUUCUCUUCAUCACUUGGCACAUAUUGGUCAUAUGCUUGGAGGCGAUGUGCAGAGCGCGCUUCCAAUCUGGACCUAUCUUCAAAUCCGUAAUAUCCUAACAGUUCUUGCCGACUUUCUCGACAAGAUAGAGUCAGAUCGAAUGAUUACUACUGGACUCGCGGAAAAGCUUCGAACACAGAUUCGUCGCAUUGAUGACUGCAUGAAACAAGGGUCAUCAGGAGAACAAGAGGCAGGCUUGCUCUCGAUGGGUAAGAGUCUGCUGCCGAAUUGGCAUAGUUUUCCAUCCGCGCGAAGUCCUGGGUCGACUGAUCGGCCAUAUGUAAGUUGCAUUCCACAUCUUCUGUCCGUAACUUUAAUGAUAACUAUCGAAGACUGCGCUUGA